UCCCGGAACAGAAGUGGGAAGUUGGAGAGUUUCGUUUCGAGUGCGUUUCAAGACGACGCUUGGGUUAAUUGUGUUUGUGUACCGUCGAACGAGAUGGGCAACAUCGCGUAGCCUAGCUGAUGUUACUGUUAGAAAGUUUAAAUCAGGCGUUAAGGUGCAGGGUCGAAAGUAGCAAUUACUGAUUGGUAAAAGACAUCGACACAUCCAUUGGUUUACAGUAUUUGUAAGUUCAGCAUAUAGGGGAGUGGUCUAGACUGCAUGAGUGUUGGCGAUCAUGGCUGCAGCAGCCAUGGGCAUUCGGGACCCGACGUGUGGGAUGGUGCUGCAUGUUGAACCUCAAAAUAGUGAAUUCGCUUACAAAUUAGCACAGUUUUUUCAAAGCCGAAACAUUAACACUUCCAUAUCGUCAGAUUUCAAUCGACGAAUAAUAUUCGUUCACUUUAGAUCCGGCGCAGAACGCGAUUACAUGUUGCACGACAAAGAGCUUCUGCGAAACGUGAGAGUUACUCGGCUCGAGGAGUACCUGGGCCACCACUUGUCCAGGCGUGAAGCCACAGAGACAACUUCAUCACAAUGGGGGGUGCCCGCAGAAGUUCACGGCACCUCUGGCCAUGCCGCAUCAGGACAACAAACUCCGGCAUCAAUUCAAUUUGUGUCUGCAACCGUCCUCGACUACAUUGAUGAAAAAAUACAAACUGAUGACAUCUCAAGAAAAGAAAGGGUUACAUUUCAGAGUGAUAAAACAAAUAUGACGAUGACAGUAUUGGGAGGGAAACAAAAUAUAAUUUCUGCAACACAAAGUGUCUUUGCAGCUUUAAAGGAUGUUGCUCAUCACGAGAUUUCUAUGGAAGGAAUUGAUAAGUUAAAAAUGUUGAAGGCACAUAAAGGAGACAUUGCAAAAGACAAAAAUAGCAAGAUAGAAAUAUUUCAGAGCUGCAAAGAAGCACACCCCGUUGGAAUACAAUGCAGGGUGGUCCUGCCAGGUGGCCGAAUCCUGUCUGUGUUCGAGGGUGAUGUUUUUGAACAUCACAUUGAUGCAAUGGUGACAACUGCACCCAAUAAAAAGUUGAAAGGCAGCGAAGAUUAUCCCAAAACUGGAGAUUCAGACGUACAGAGGCAAAUUGAUGAAGUGUUUCGCGAGCGGAGUUUAAAGGAGGGAGCAUGUUUCAUCACUGGUCCAGGUCACCUGCCUUGUAAAAUCAUGAUUCAUGCUGUGGGUCCUCCCUCAAAAUAUGUAUAUCCACAAAUUGGAAUUGAGGAAUCUCGUCUUCUAGAAACAAUAAUUACACUGAGCCUGAGAGAAGCCAAUCUGCAUGGCUUAAACUCAAUUGCCAUUCCUACAGUUCUUGCACAGCAAUAUGGAUUUCUUGAUGAUGCAUGUGCUAAAAUUAUAGUCACUGCCAUAGUCAACUUCUGCAAAGAUACAAAAUAUCAGGGUCGCUCUGUCCGUGACAUUAGAGUUGUAGACAAAGAAGGAAAGAUUGCAAAGAGCAUUGCAGACUCUUUAAAUAAGACGACUAAUAAAUUCAAGUCAAUGUUGAUCUCAGACGCUGUAAAUGAAACAUUAAUGCGAUUCACAACCACAACAGGACAAUCAGUCGUUCUUGUUCGUGGUUCACUCGAGGAGGAGCAGACAAACGUCAUUGUGAAUUCUACAGGCGAAAAGGGAGAGUUGAAACGGGGUGCCGUGUCGAUCGCAUUGUUAAGCAAGGCUGGGCCUGAUUUACAAAAACAGCUGACUCAACAAAUGGGAGGAUAUUUACUUCAAGAAGGAAGUAGUAUAGUUACCACCGGCUGCAACUUGGGAUGCACGUUUGUCUACCACGUGAUGGUAUAUAAUAAGGAAAUAAUUACUAAGGAGCAAGAGUAUCGUGCACAACUGAUUCUGAAGGACAUUGUUAAAACAUGUUUGAAGACGGCACAAGACAAGCAACAAAAAUCUAUCUCUUUCCCAGCCCUUGGAGCUGGAACAUUACAGCAUCCUAUAAAAAUGGUGGCAGCCACAAUGAUCAAAUCUGUUAUUGCCCAUUUCAAGGACUACCCUAACAGCAGUUUGAAAAAUGUUAGGUUUGUACUCUAUCCUAAAGAUUAUGAAACAAUCAAAGAAUUCCAAAAGAAUUUCACAAUGGAAAAGGACAACAUCGAGAAUAUGCAUGGAAAUAAAACCUCUCUGUUACCUACACUUGGAGCUGAGAAGAAGAUUGGUUCAAGUCCAGUGACAGUGAUACAGAUGGCUGGUAAUGCCAGUGAUGUGGCUCAGGCAAAGGUGAAAAUUGAGAAUUUGCUUGAAGAAUUUAACAUGCAAUCUGCAAUACCAGGUGCAAUUGUCACACAGCCUGUGAUACAAGCAAGUGUGAAUGCAAUUCAGCAACCUCCUCAUUCUGGUGGAGCUACCGGUGGCAUGCCCCCCCAAUUCGGUGCAUUGAGCACAAGUCAGGCACCUUUUUCAUCUGGUGGAGCUACCGGUGGAAUGGCCUCCCCAAUUGGUGCAUUGAGCACAAGUCAGGCACCUUUUUCAUCUGGUGGAGCUACCGGUGGAAUUGCCUCCCCAAUUGGUGCAUUCAGCACAAGUCAGGCACCUUUUUCAUCUGGUGGAGCUACUGGUGAAAUGCCCUCCCCAAAUGGUGACUUCAGCACAAGUCUGUCACCUUUUACAUCUGGUGGAGCUACCGGAGGCAUGUUCUCCCCAAACGGUGAACACAGCGGAAACCAGGAACCGUCUUCAUUUGGUGGGGCUCACGGUGCUAUGUCCUCCUCAAGAGGUCAAGAAUUUAUCUUCUCUAAUAUGGGUUGUGAUGAAGAAAUAGAAGCAAAAGAACUAAAAGCAUUGUCCCUUAAUCCAAGAGAGUAUAGGGUGUUCGAACAUGCUUUGAAACACUCCACCUUAAAUAUUACAUCAAUUUCACAGGUGGUGCCUCUUGACAACAAAGAUCUUGAAAACAAAUUUGGGGACAGACAUACUUGGAUAUCGCAGCGUGAUGGAAAUCCCGUUACAUGCAGAAUCUUGUUCCAAGGCAUCAAUGAGAAUGAUAGCAAGAGCGUAGAGAAAAAUGGCUUCAAGAGAGCACGUCCUGGAAUAAAUGGGCACCGAUACGGAAGAGGGAUUUAUUUCUACACAGAUGUGCACACAGCACUGACGCAUGGUGCUGAUGGCGGUGCGAGGAAGGCUGAUGCUGUGGUGGUGGCAAGAGUGAUGACGGGCAAGCACUGCCUUGGACAGCAAGGCAUGCUAGCCCCACCACCUAUUCAACAAUCAGAUCCAACACAUUUGCAUGACAGCACUGUGGAUAACCUCAGAAAUCCCCAAGUUUUUGUGGUGUUUAACUCUCACCAGGCAUAUCCUAUGUUUUAUGUCACACUGAAGGAUAACGUUUGAGAGCUUUUCCAAUAUGCCUGCUUAUUGUCGCUGAACUUUGCCACAGCAUUAGUUGCGAUUCAUAAUCACUCACAAUACAUAAUUACAUAUAUGGGGUAUUAUCAUCAAUGACGCCCAGAUACAAUAACAUAUAUAAUCUGUGCAAAGAUAAUUUGAUUUAAAAAAUGCUGUAUCAUCUUGUAAGCAGGUUAUGUGCAGUUUCAUUGAUAUACCCUGUGAAACUAUUUUCUAAUUCGGUAUAUUGAAGAUCUUAAAUAAUGUGCACGCAUUUAAAUACAGUAGAGACAUUAAAUUAACGUGUUUAGACAAGCUAUAAGUAAAAAUGUACAGUAGUUAGGUAACAUUUAAAUUGUGCAUUAAUCACACUUAAUUAGUACACGUGUAAAGACGACUUAACACACUUUCUUGAGAUGGUUUCUUUUAUUGAAGAUACGUUCACGUGAACAUGAGUCUCCGUCGCAUCUCCCUUAUAUACGGUCCGAGGACACGCCCCCAUUCCUGAACCUUCUCACUGGUUCUAGACGCUCGUUCUACCAGCAGACUCUACCGUCCUCUUCCGUCACCUGGCCACGCUGCUAUUCUCAAUCAUUCCCGUAGCCACCAGUCCCUUCGUACUGCAAGCUGACUCCCCUGCCAUUACCUCCUGUGGCCACUAGUCCAUUCGGACUGCAGGCUGACUCCCCUGUCAUUACCUCCCGUGGCCACUAGUCCAUUCACACUGCAGGCUGACUCCCCUGUCAUUACCUCCUGUGGCCACUAGUCCAUUCGCACUGUCGGCUGACUCCCGUUGCCAUUACCUCCCGUGGCCACUAGUCCAUUCACACUUUCAGCUGACUCCCCUGUCAUUAUCUCCCGUGGCCACUAGUCCAAUCACACCGUAGGCUGAAUCCUGUCAUGACACAUGUGUUUCCUCCAAAAAUGUAUGAGCUCAAAGUCCUUUACACGUUUUACCCAUUUCGAAGUACGUGCACACGUGCAAUCACACGAACAAAUGACAGGUUUAUUACCUAAAGGAUUACUUUCAAGGAGCACUAAAUGUUGUACUCACCCAGAAUGCUAUGUGAGUUAAACCAGGGCCUAUGUGGUAUUUUAGUAAUUUUAGCUUUUUUCUGGAUGCCAUACAUUCCUAAUGUAGAUUUAGUAAAAUGUUUUAGUUUUGGCUGUUGGGCUCUUAUUCUACAGAACUAUACUGCAUACGGUAAAUUGUUAAAUAUAUUGAAUGUGGUUUCAUUAAAUCGUAGUUUUCCACUCAAUCUUUACAUUACUUCCCAGUACAUUAUACAAAUGUUAAUUGGGUAAAACUUUUAUCGCAUAUGUUUGUUGGUUGGUAAACGUGUAAAUGUACACUUUGGUAGAUUGUGAGAAACCCUAUCAGUAGUUGACAGGACAUAUAACUCAAUGUUUGAAAACACUUUCUGGAUUGUUCAUGAUUACUAGUCAUACAUGCGUGGCUUCAUUGAUUAAAAUGAAUUGUACCACUCGUGUAACAUGAAUCGUGCAUGUAAGGGUAAAAAACCCCCAACACACUCGUGAGUAACACUGCCUUGAAAAGGAAAAGUAAAAACUGUAAUGGGUGACAUUUCGUGUAAUGGCCAUUGUUCAGAGCACUAGGCCAGAAAGGUAGGCCGUAGUUUCUGGCGAGUUAGACUCAACCUUUCUGGCCUCUCUCUCCGUGCUGUGCAGAAGCUCCAUUCCUCAACACGUUGCCUAUUAUAUACUUUCUAUUUUUUUAUGCAGUGCUUUUUUUCUUUAUGAGUGCUGCUUUUUUAUUUGUAUACUUGUGCAUCAUUGCUAAUGCAAUACAGAAUCACAAAAUUAGUUUAAUGUAAGAAUCAGUUACCUAUAAGAGUAUAUACAACAUAUGCAAAUUAUAUGCUCCUGUUACAUUUGUGGCAAUUGAGAGAGCAGACAUGGUGGUACCCACCUGCAUUGCCAAAUCAGGUUUCAAUUCGCUUAAAAUCCUCUGCAUGUUAACAACUUCUGACCGAUUGGUUAAUUGACUAGGCUUGAGCUCUUACUCUAAAUGUAUACCACUUUUCUUGAUUUAAACGUGCUAUGAAAUUAUCGUUAAUAAUAUCACCUCCAUCUAACACUAUCUCUCAAAUACUCUGUCACAUUCAAGUUACAAUAGGUUAUGGAUUUUGAAAUCACAUUAGCUUGUGCGUACAAGUUUGUUCUUCAAACGGAGUUUAAUCAGUGCUCAACAUUUUCUUUUUCAAUCAGUAUGGAAUUCUAUUGAUCAAACUGUAUUUGUUUUUUUCCUAAAGUUGGGGUUUAUAUAAUGAAUAUAGAAAUGUAUAUAAAAUAAUUUUUUUGUUAAAUAUAUUGCACGCUUCAUAUAUUAUUGGUGAUUGUGUGAUGAUGAUUACAACCAUAAUUUGGGAGGUGGAAUGCAUCGGUUACUGCUCGACUCCUGUAUUGUGUGACCUAUUAAAACAAAACAUUAUGUGA